AUGAGGUCCAAACGCGAGAGGACAGUAGACGCGGAUGAGACACCAGAUACGAUCGGUCGUCACACGGAGGCCAGCUUGGAAAAUGGGCUUACAUCCAGAAGUGCAGUGACAAUCGAGUACGCUGUCACCCAGUUGCAGCAUAGCAUCCGUCAGAUAAUCACGGAGUCGUUGAAUACUGAACAGCUACGCAACUCUUUGGCCAACAUACAGAAGCAAGAAGACGGGAAAGAGGUAUUGUUGGCUGUUCAACGGAACCAGAAGCUCCAGCUCGCUGCGAGGCUGAAAGACCUCUAUGAGAGCGGCAAGCUGAAAAUAUUUGAUCAAAUAGCAGAUUUCGAUGAGAGCACAAAGUUGAAGGGAUCAAGCAAGAUGAGACUCAAAUUCAAAAAACUAAAGCUCGAUACAGAUUCGAAUCCGAAAUUGCCCAACAAGGGCAUUCCUCCACUUCCCAAAAUCGAGGACCCGGUUAUAGAAGCCAGGGUCUUUACACAUCGAUCAGCAAUCAGUAAUAUUAAACAUCUUUCCAAGAAAGAGAUCUUGGAGUCGAAUAAUGAACGAUUGGAGUUUCUCGGGGAUUCGAUCAUCAACAACCUCGUUACGCAAAUACUCUUCGAGCGGUACCCGAGCUACGACGAAGGAGAGUUGUCCAUUUUACGAUCUCAAAUAAUCAGUAACAACUCUCUUGGUAAAUUCUCUGAAAUGUAUGGAUUUCAUGAAAAGCUGGUUGUUAAUUUUGCCAAAGAUGCUGCGUUCCAAAAGGGAAAACACAAAAUCUACGCAGACGUCUUUGAAGCUUAUGUUGGUGGACUGUACAUCGAUAGCAACUACUCGAACUUGGACACAAUAAAGGAAUGGUUAGAUCAACUCAUCACACCCCAACUUAUUAGGCUAAGCAAGAGAUUUAAUCAGGGAAAUCUCAACAAUGAUGCAAAGGCACAACUAUACGCCCUGAUAGGGUCAGCGGCACUUCCUCCACGUUAUAUCACCAAACAAACAGGAAAUGGUUUUGACGUCUCCUUUAUUGUUCAGUGUAUGAUUGGUGAUGAAGUAAUCGGAGAAGGAGAAGGAUCGAAUUUGAAACAGGCCGGUCUUAGAGCUGCUGAGGAUGCGCUGAGAAAGAGGGAAGUCACCGAGAAGUACAUAAAGCUGCGGGAAGCCACCCCGAAGGAAGUUUCUGUUAUUCCGAACACCAUCGAGGAAAAAGCUAAGGUGAAUACGCAGCAUCUGAAAGCAAACCCUGAAAACGAUAAUAUAACUCUACCAGCAUUAGUGCCCCAGUCAGAGGUGGAUGCGACUUCGUCCGACAAGCUCUACGCUAUUUUGUCAAAAAUUAAGGUUUUGCCGGUCUACAAGACGGUUACCAAAGGCCAGGAGUUUGAAACUACUCUACUGAUAAACGACGUGGCAGCCUGCAUAUCAUCUGCUCCGAGCAAGAAAAAGUCGAGAAAUCAAUGUGCCGCAUUUGUUCUCUCUCACCCCGGAAUUCUGCCCCGUUGUCACGCCUUUGUUGAUUGA